GCUGGGGUGGGCUGGGCUGGCCAGACUUCCCUCACUUGGCGUCGCUAGCUCCUCUCUCUCCAGAUCCUCUCUCUCUGCUGCUGCCUCUGAUAGCAUGGCAUCCUUGUGCUUUCCCUCGGGAAAGCAGUCUGCCAACUGCAACCCGGUCCGAAACCCCCUUCCGUGACUCCUCUCUUUUGCUCAUCUACAUCUCAGACUUUAGCCCCUAAAGGAAGCUCAGUUGCUCAGCUGGGUGUGUUUAUCUCCGAGCCAAGAUGGAGUGUGGUUGGACAAGUGGGGUCACAGGCUGGCCUUUGGGAUGUUUCCACACGUGAGGGGCCCAAGGAGCUCCAGGGGACGACAGGGCGAGGAGGCCAGUGCAGUAGGCCAGGGGCUGAAGCAGGAAGUAGUAUGAAAAAGAAAACAGGCGGGGACUUAGGACAGGCAGCCUCUAGAGUAGUUUUCUCAAGUGCACACUGGAAUCUGGAGAGCUUCCCGAAAACUGGGAUUGGGCCCCCAGAGUGAUUUAACUGGAUUGGGGUGUGGCCCCAAGCUCUGGGAUUUUUCAGGCCCUUCAGGUGAAGGUGCAGCCGGCGUUGUGACCCUCUGCAGGUUACGUGUGGCUUUGGACCCCCGCCCCCGCCGCUCGCCAGCCUUGCUGCACUCUGGCCCCUGACGCAGCGGCAUGGAGCUGGUCCCGGACACCUCACGCCCGCCACUGCAGUACGUGAAGGGGAUCCCUCUCAUCAAGUACUUUGCCGAGGCACUGGGGCCACUGCAGAACUUCCAGGCCCAGCCCGAUGACCUGCUUAUCAGCACCUACCCCAAAUCCGGCACCACCUGGGUGAGCGAGAUCCUGGACAUGAUCUACCAAGGUGGCGAUCUGGAGAAGUGUCGCAGGGCCCCCGUCUUUAUCCGGAUACCCUUCCUUGAGUUCAAGGCUCCAGGGAUUCCCACAGGUAUGGAGGUUCUGAAAGACACACCGGCCCCACGAAUCAUCAAGACGCACCUGCCCCUGGCCCUGCUCCCUCAGACCCUGCUGGAUCAGAAGGUCAAGGUGGUCUAUGUUGCCCGCAACGCAAAGGAUGUGGCUGUCUCCUAUUACCACUUCUACCGCAUGGCCAAGGUGCACCCUGACCCUGACACCUGGGACAGCUUCCUGGAGAAGUUCAUGGCCGGAGAAGUGUCCUACGGGUCCUGGUAUCAGCACGUGCGGGAGUGGUGGGAGCUGAGUCAUACCCACCCUGUUCUCUACCUCUUCUAUGAGGACAUGCAAGAGAACCCUAAAAGGGAAAUUCAGAAGAUCCUGGAGUUUGUGGGGCGCACCCUGCCAGAGGAGACCGUGGAUCUCAUCACCCAGCAAACGUCUUUCAAGGAGAUGAAGAAGAACCCCAUGGCUAACUACACCACCAUACCCCCUGACAUCAUGGAUCACAGCGUUUCGGCCUUCAUGAGGAAAGGACGCACAGCCACGCUGCCCUUCUUCCUCGCGCCCACAGGCGUCGCGGGGGACUGGAAGACCACCUUCACUGUGGCCCAGAACGAGCGCUUUGACGCCCACUAUGCGGAGAAGAUGGCGGGCUGCAGCCUCCGCUUCCGCACGCACCUGUGAGUGGUGCUCCCCGAGGCACGCCCGCGGCCCCACUGCUGUGACCCGGCCUGACCCUGGGGUCGAGAAUAAAAUGCCGUUUGUGUUAA